AUGGCCGACGCCAGCCAGCAGCGAACCGUCACGGCGGCCUUCGCACCACCACCGCCGCUGUGGAAACACUUCACUCGCGACAAGCUCGACCAGCUGGAACGCAUCAAGGACGAGACAGCCAAGGGCGAGGACGGAUCGCCCAACAUGAACAAGAACUGGACCCCGGAAGAAUUGCGUUCCCUGGACCUGCCUGCGGAGCUACGAUAUUUGGUGCCACCGGAGUUGCCCACCUCGGGCCAGUAUAGCGUAUUCGGUGAACUUCAAAGCCUCUCGACCACUCUACCUUCCCUAAAAGAACAGGGAAUUGAACAACUCUAUCCAGAUUCUCCCAUCGCAGAUGCCAGCACAGACGGCCGCGCGAGCCCUUCGCAGCCGUCGCAGCCACUCAACCACGCGCACUAUCUGCUCAAGAUCAGCAAGUCCCUGCUUCUCAAUUUUCUCGAGUUUGUCGGCAUUCUGUCAGGGUCACCGGAGCAGUUCGAGUCCAAAGUGGAAGAUAUGCGCAAUCUCUUCAUCAACGCCCACCACCUGCUGAACCUCUACCGCCCUCACCAGGCCCGCGAGUCACUGAUCAUGAUGAUGGAGGAACAAUUGGCCCGCAGCCGAGAGGAGAUCAAACAGAUGGACAAGAUCAAGGUGGACAUUGAAGGCGUCCUCGAACGGCUGCAGACAGAAGGCAGCCAAGCGGCCACCGCACAACCGUCGGAUGCCAUUCAGUCGAAGGAGCAAGACAGAAAGGCCGACAGCGACGCUCGUUUGAUCUGGGACCUCCUGGAUCAAGAAAUCUGA